AUGGGGGACUCCGAGGAGGUGCUCUCCAUCUGGUUCAAUGCCUCGAAGUCCGUGGAGCCUCCUGAGAAAGGCCUGUGUGAACUUCAACAUACACCCAGCAACCCAACACACCGAUCAGGCUGGAAGUUCUGGUGCUCCAAGAAGGGCCGGUACAGGAACAGCCAAAUCUACUUCGAGGACCUUGGAUGUGUGUCUGAAGAAGUCAGAUCCGGCGAGGAGCCAGCCGAGGCACUCGAUCGUUACAAUGGUUCUUCUUGUCACCCGAUGUGGUGUGAAGAGGCUUCGGGCUCGAAGCCUCCUCCGGAGCCGAAGGGCUCGCCUCCUCAUGAGGUCGAGGCCUUGGCGGUCAUGGUUCCAUUGAUGCUGUUUCCCAUGAUGGACCCAUGGGCGGAUCAAGAUGAUGAAGAAGCCCGUUUGGGAGGGGAGGAGGAGGAAGCGGAGCAGCACUUCCACGAGGAUCAGGAGCUUUUGAUGGACCCGGAGCCUGCCUUGGAGGAGGAGCUCAUCGGGCCGAUCAUCCACGAGGAUGAUGACGAGCAGGCUGUGGUGCCUGCUGCCAAGGAUGACCCCUUCAAGGCCAAUGAAGACACGAACCGUCGCUACGGUGGAGAUCGCUUCCGGGAAAGCUCCAUGGGCAGUCAAGAAAGCCACCCCGGUGCAGGGAUCCGGUCGAGAAGCCGUGGUGGCCAGAGGGUCAACGGCCAGGAGUUCAAGGCCAUCAGCACGAUGGCUCAGACCCUCACGAACCAGACUGAGCUCCAACGGGAGAUGCUGGGCUUCCAGAGGGAGAUGUUUGCCUCGCAGGCUUCGAGCUCUUCCCAGGGCGAGGUCUGCGACAUUGCUCUGUUCGAAGUACAUUGA